AUGUUCAAGAAGAUGGACCAGAAGCCCACAGGCACUCUGCUAGAGCUUGCUGCAAAGAGUCUGCUGAGUAAUGAGCUGGCUGCUCUCCAUGCCCUGGAUGAGCUCCCAAGAGACCUCUUUGUUCCACUGUUCGUUCCUGCCUUCUUGGGCAGGCAUAAGGAGAUACUAAAGGCAAUGGCGCCCAAAACUGAGGCUCUUAGACUUAAGGCAGGACCUGGACUAAGUAUGCUGCAGUUUCUGGAUGCACGAUGCAUUGAUCACCUGCAGGUAGAUCUGUGUCAUUUGAGGGAUGUCAACACUCUUGUGGCUCAGACGGCCCACCUGUACAGCCUUCAUCUGUCUAACAUCCGCUUUACAUGUUUUGAACAGAGACACUUCCAAGCUUUUCUCCACUGUCUUGGGAAGCUGGACAGCCUCCAAGAGCUCGACUUGUCUGCCUUGUACCUCAGAGAUCGAUUGCACAGACUUCUCAGAGUGCUGCCACCUCAGAUAGAGACAUUGAAUCUGUCUUUCUGUGGCCUGUCUUACAAAGAUAUCACCAUCCUGUCCCAGAGCUCUCAGGCCACCCACUUAAAGCAGUUGAAUCUCAAUCACAACCAGGUAUUCUCAGAGGCUUAUGAGCCCUUCCAGACUCUGCUGCAGAGGGCCUCGGGUACCCUGAAGCAUCUGGAAAUAAAUAAUUGCCUCUUAACUGAUUCCACUCUCUCCGUUCUCCUGCCAGCUCUGAGCCACUGUUUGUGCCUUCGUGUCCUUAGCUUUGCCUUCAACCCCAUUACAAUGCCUGUGCUCAUGAGCGUUCUGCAGCACCUAACAUCCUUGAUGGAGCUGAAGCAUGUGAUUUAUCCCGUCCCUCUUCAUUGCUACAGACAAUGGGAUGUUCCCGGCAGUUUGGACCGACAGCAGUUGGCUGAAGUGCAGGCCCAAUUGAAGGCAAUGUUGCAGGCGGUACAGCGGGAUGACAUGCUUUGGACUACCCAUUCUGUGUGAUUCCUGUAGUACAAGGAGUCGUGUCAGCACUGAUGUGUGGCCAUAAAAGCGCUCAGUGUUUUGCUUGAAGGCCUAAUUUGUAGAG